CCUGUCGAUCAAUAGAGAGCCCGCCCACCUUGAGGGCUCUCUCUCUCUCUCAAGCUCUCUCGACGGGAAGCUCGGCCACAGGAAAGAGUUCGCCUAGUUUGCUUCAAAGGAAGCUUCAAAUCUAUGGCAUGCACUAUCGGCGACAGAGAACGGGCCAAAAUGUGAGUCCUCAUCCAGCAUACACGGAGCCUCACCGUGCGUAAAAGUCAGCCAAAAGAGGUAUAGCGUGGGACGUCAUGGACGCGUCGGCGAGCCUUGUGGACUAAAAGUGGACAGAGGGGGACUUUUGCAGUGGAUGCGGACGCCCCAGCCUUGCUACGACGCACGGUGACUAAUGAGCCGCGAGACCGUGAGGCUCCUGAAUUAAAUUUGUCUGGGGCGCAGACCUUAUGUAAGAAGUAGGACAAUCAUAUUAAGAGCUUGUUCCGCCAUGCGCACCCAAGAGCCGGGCUGCAGUGCGUAAAAGUGGCCCAGCAACUCUUGCAGGAAACUUUUGAGAGAAGAGGCAAGAGAAGAUGGGUGAGAAUGUGGAUUGUGUGGGCGCCGACGGGAAGAGCGUCAACCUGAGCGUGCUCAACUGGGAGCAAGUGCAGCGGCUGGACGCCAUCCUCACCGGCUCCAUCCCCAUCCACGGCCGCUGGAGCUUCCCCACGCUGGAGGUGAAGCCGCGCGACAUCGUCAAGGUGGUCCGCAGCCGCAUGGAGGAGAAGCGGAUCCACGUCCGGGAGGUGCGGCUCAACGGCUCGGCGGCCAGCUACGUCCUGCACGAGGACAGCGGCCUGGGGUGGAAGGACCUGGACCUCAUCUUCUGCGCCGACCUCAAAGGGGAGCUCGAGUUCCAAAUUGUGAAAGAUUUGGUUCUGGACUGCCUGCUGGACUUCUUGCCUGAGGGCGUGAACAAGGAGAAGAUCACACCUAUGACCUUAAAGGAGGCCUACGUCCAAAAGAUGGUGAAGGUCUGCAACGACUCGGACCGCUGGAGCCUCAUCUCGCUCUCCAACAACCGAGGCAAGAACGUGGAGCUCAAAUUCGUGGACUCCCUCCGGCGGCAGUUCGAGUUCAGCGUCGACUCCUUUCAAAUCCGCCUGGACUCGCUCCUGCUCUUCUACGAGUGCUCAGAGCACCCCAUGGCCGCCACCUUCCAUCCCACCAUCCUCGGCGAGAGCGUCUACGGUGACUUCCCCGCCGCCCUGGACCACCUGCGCAAGCGUCUCAUCUGCACCAGGAGCCCAGAGGAGAUCCGAGGCGGGGGCCUGCUGAAGUAUUGCCACCUGCUGGUAAGGGGUUUCCGGGCGGCCUGCGACACGGAGAUGAAAGUGCUGCAGCGCUACAUGUGCUCGCGCUUCUUCAUAGACUUCCCCGACGUGAGCGAGCAGAAGCGGAAGCUGGAGUCCUACCUGCAGAACCACUUUGUGGACCUGGAGGACAGGAAGUACGACUACCUGGCCGUACUGUACGACGUGGUGCAGGAGAGCACGGUGUGCCUGAUGGGCCACGAGAGGCGCCAGACGCUGGGCCUCAUCUCCUCGCUGGCGCUGCACGUGCUGGCCGAGCAGAACGCCAUCCCCAACGCCGCAAACGUCACCUGCUUCUACCAGCCCGCCCCGUACGUCGCCAACUGCAACUUCAGCAACUACUACGUCGCUCAGGUCCAGCCCCUCUUCUCCUGCCCGCCCUCGCCGCCCCAGCCGUACGCCCCCCCCUCGCAGCAUCCCAUGUACGCCACAUGGCUGCCCUGUAACUAAACCUCCACUACUACUAGCCGUCCACUUUGCACGCUCUCAGAAAGGGGCGAUCUCGUCGCUUCCCUAAAGUGGGGGAAGUGAGAGUCCAAUUUUACCAGGAAGGGUGAAUGAGGACAAUGGAACCUGGCGGAGGGUCGCAGACUCACCCAUCAGUUUUUAGGCUUCGACCUCCCAACAGCCUGGACUGUCUUUGGCGAUAUCUCACAGGGAGCGGACACCCGAGCGCCAAUGAUCUCCACAUCCCCUUCAAGGUGGACGGGGCGUCACUUUCUGUCUGCUACCAUGUGACUUUUUUAAUAAUGCAAAAUGAGGAAGCGACUACUGUUUACAUGACCGCUACACGAGAAACAACAAAACAAUGCAUGCUUUUUACGUCUUCAAGUGCCUGGGAUUAAAGGGAAAGAUAUAUUUUUGUGAUUUUUGUAGAAAUCCGCUCCAUUCAAUGAAUGUAUUGCUGAGCAGAGGUUACCUGCGCUGCGGGGGACCAAGUGAUUAUUUUUCUUGUUGUUGUCGUUGCUGCAAUAUUUAGACAAAAGACUCUGAAACACACGGGCCGAUCACCAAAGAGGAAGUAGCAACACGCCACUCUAAAGAAUUAAAGAGAGACGCAAUAAAAAAAUGCUGAUACAGUACCAGUGAAAUAGGAGGGUCAUUUUCAGACAGUUUCAUUUCUUAUGUGCUGCGAAAGAAGGUGAAGUGGUCGCAACCACAGAGAGAGUCACGACCCAGACGGCCUUUCGUCACGUUUGACCAAAACUGAAAAAUGCAAUGACUCGCAGCAGUUGACGUGUGCAAAAUGGAGAAUGUGAGUCGAUGAUUUCCAGUAAACAAAAGCAAACCGUACACGUCGCUGCGGUCACUGCACCUUAACCACUCUGAGAUUAGAGCAUCAAUACCAGCAGGAGCAGACGCAGUUGGGUCCACAGCGAUUUGGACAGAGAAAGGGGCUGCCUUUG